UCGCGCGCAGAUGGCAACAUUUCCCCAUUUACGUGAGGAAGUGAAGACUUCACUGCUUAUUGAAUGUGUUUAUACUGCAACAAAAGCAUGAGGGCUUCCCAGCUACACAUCUGUCACUGCAAGAACGUGUGGAUAAAGUGAUCGAGUUUUUGAAUAUCUUUGUCUGCUGGGUUUUUUACUCCUCACAACAACGGGUAACCAACAGUGUGAUGUACCGGCUGCUCUCAUCGAUGGAGGCGAAGACCUAAAAGAGCGUACCGUUUACAAAAACAUGAAUGAAGAUGAAUGGGAUGAAAUUCUACAACGCUUCCGAGAAGAGGGCCUCGACACAAACCUCCCAGAUGACAGUAAGCUUCUUUACGUAUGGCGGUGGCUGGUGGAUGCAGAAACAAAUUGCAUAUCUCUUCGGCAUCAGUUGGACAAGCUCAGUAGGAGACAGUCUGAUGAAUUGGAGGAGAUCCGUAGCUGCAUGGAACAGAUGUGCAAUGCUUGGGAGGUUAAAGUAUCCCGCCUGGAAGAAGAGAAUAAAAUAUUUCAUGAACAGCUCAACUUUACUGGACAGAAUUCUGGACGAAUGGUCAGUGAGGAAAUCGGCCGCAUGAUUCAAGAGGAAGGACUCUCUGAAAUUUUAGAACUUAGUGUUAUAGAAAAAUUUGCCUAUUUAUUAGAUUUAAGGACUCGUUUGCAAACCAAAUUAGAACAAGAAAUGGUUUUACGUAGAAAGUGUGAGCAACUGAUUCGCAUUUCGUCCAAUCUUCCAGACUGCUUAAAACUGAGUUCUCCUUAUAUUCAAAGGAUACUUGAAAGGCAGAAGGAUGAAUAUGAGGAAGAAAUCAGAAACCAGCAAGAGGCCAUGAAGCAUGUCAAAGAACAGCUGAAGCAGGUGCAUGAAGAUGAACUUCAGCGACUGACUGCUGAAAAUGACCGCUUGAAUACAGAGCUUAGUAAACUUAGUCAAAAGCUUCAAGAACUAGUCACUCAUGUUGCCAAGCAACAGGAAAAAGAUACUUCUUCAGUGCCAUGGGUUCAGCAUAUUUUGGAUGGCACACAUGAUAAAGAAAUGAAAUCUUUUAAAGAAGAGGUAGAUAGACUGAAGUCUGUGUGCCAAGAGCAACAAAAGCAGGUUCGGGAACAGUGUGAGACUGUCCGCAUAUUGGAACGCACCAACAAACAAUUAGAACUAGACAAUGAAACUUUAGCCUUUAAGCUUUCUGAAUCUUUAGCUCAAUUUGAUGAACUUGAAGAUCAGCUCAGACGGGAAGCAACGCGAGCUAGAAGAGAAUCUCUCUUUAAACAAUUAGCAACCAAAGAAUCUAUGAGUGUCAAAAAUAAUAUAAAUAAACUAUUGGACAACAGGCCAAACUUACAAGAUACUGCAUCUGAUGAACAAGUGAAAAAGUUAAAAGAGGAAUCAGAAAACUUGAAAGAACAGUUAGAGUCUAUACAGCAGCAACUAGAUGUGAUGUCUCUAAAGUAUCAACAAACUAAAGACAAAUACAGAGAGAAAAUGUACAGAAUGCGUGAAGUGCAAGAACAGGAACAGCAAGAGUGGAAAGAAAGGUUUGAAAACUGUGAGAAGGAACUUUCCAUCUUGCGAGAGAUGCUUUCCCGAGAGCAAAAGUGGAGGGUUCAGAUAGAAGCCGACUGCAGAAAACUGAAAAGUGACAACCAACUUCUGAAAACAGAAAUAAUGGAAAAGGAGAAGGCAGAAAGAGAAAAAACUGCAGAGUUAACCACAGUCCAACGAGAAGUUGAAAAAGUGAAAGCAUCAACAUCCCGUCCUUCAACUUCAACUGCAUCGCCAUCUCGAAGGCACAGUGUCUGGCCUGUUGUAUCCUAUCCAAAGAAAUGGUGACACUUAUCAUAAACUAUUUUAACUGCUACCCUCAUAUUCUUCCUCCAAAUUCUAGAAUAAUUAGUGAAACUUAAACGAACUGAGAACGAUCUCAUUUAUCCUCAUGUUAGUGUGAAUCUUUUAUACCAUGACUAGCUCUAGAUAUCAAAAUGUGAGUGAUAUUGAUUACUGCAUGGAACUGACUAUUUGUGUUAAAAACGAUUUCCAACUUUGGAGAAGAUAAAAGGAAUGAGUUUUGUAUCAUUAAGCUAGUGUAAGUAGCUCCAAAUGGGUGAAAAGGUUAAAAUCAUUUUAGUACAUAAAAAGUUUAAACCUAUUUAUGCAUUGGAUAGGGAAAAGAAGAUAUUUUCUCGUGUUCUUUUUUAUGUAAACAAAUGAUUUAGUGUUAAAUGUUUUAAAAACUAUUUUUCAUUUGUGAUGAAAAAUAGUUUCUAUCUUUAUACCAACUGAAUAAUACAUAAAAUAUAAAAUAUGCUCUAUAAAAUUGAGAAUUUGAUUUUGGCAGACUGGUCAAAACAGACCCAGUAAAUACAUUCCCUAAAUAUCUGAAAAUGAUAAAUUGAAUAUUGUUUUUUAUUAAAAUUUUAAUCUGUUAUGAUUUGUUUUUCUUGCAGAAUUAAAAUUAUUAUAAAAGAAUUAUUAAAUAAGAAAUUAUAAUCUCGCAGAUAAAAUAUGAACUAAAUUGUUCAAAAAGUUGACUCACUUUACAGUUGUUUACAUUUUAAAAGUUGAUGCAAUUUAGAAGGGUUCCACUGGCUCUAUGGUACAAAAUUCACCGAAUGACUGCUAGUUGACAACCAUAAGUAAGUCCUGUAACUGGCAUGAUAAUGCUUUUUAAUUCCCUCCAAAAAUUUUAAUUAUCUGCUUAACAUUUUUGUGUUUUUGUAACUUAACUGAUUGCCAGAUUCUGGACUAACAAGUUGUCAAAUAGUAAAUUAAUGCUGUCUGUGUAGAUUUAAUUUUGAAUUAAAAGUUUUAACUUUUAUGUUCCUACAUAAAAUAUUUUAAUUCAUUAUAUAAUAUUUUAUUUGUGUCAUCUUUUAAUUUAUGAUUUGUUUUCCCAGUGAUCUUAUUUUUUACAUAUCAUUCCUGCCAAAGUUUUUUCCUCAAUCUUUAUCAUUUAUAUGUAAGGUAAAUCAUUAUUUACUGUUUUGGUUUAAUGUGAUUUAAAAGGCGAAUCUGCAUCCAAACAAAUCCAAUUUAAAAUACCCAUGAAUACUUGUUAUUUUAAUAAACCAAGGUGGGCAUAAAACAGGGAAAUUGAAAUGGACAAGAAAAAUUUAGGAAAUUCAAUCAAUAUAAAAAAAAUUCAGGAAAAUCUCAAAUUUAACUAAAAUAUUUUAAAAGUCAGGGAAAAUUAAUAAUAAGUUCAUAGGGAACCUUAAAAUUCAAUUUUUUUUUGUAAAAAAAAAAUAUAUUAUAAUGGGAAGAAUAAAAUUAAUAACAUUUAUGUCGCUGACUUAAAAAAAUCAGGGACAUUCGAUGAAAUUAGUCUGGUAAACUCAAGAGACAAUUAUAUUUCUAAGAGUUUAUGCCCUCUCUGCUAUCUUCUUGAAUUUCAAUUGUUUUUAAUAUCAUCAAUUAAAUGUUAAUUAAUUAUUCAAUGUUCCUUUCUUUUAAUGCUUCAUUUUGUACAUCUUUGAUUAAAUUUUAACCUACAUUUAUUUUUAUUAAUACUAAAUUUAUUGAAUAAGUAGCUCAAUAUUUUCUUUUUAAAAUAUUAAACAGGAGACCUUUUAUCAUUGCAAAACUAUUUCAAUUAAUAGUUAAAAUAGUUUUAGUUUGAUAGAUCAUUUUAUUCGGUCCUGAUAACAUAGAAAAUAGUUUAUCUUCUAAUAAUUUAAAAUAAAGUUCUUUAGUUAAAAAUAUAUGUAAUUGAAAAAAUUCUUUUUAUUUGAUGCCCUCUGGUCAACACAAAUAAGAAAGUCUUUAAAAGAACAAAGCUCGAUAUUUUACGAUUUAACUUAAUUGCUAGUUAAGCUAUUUUUAAAGUUUUUUAAGCCUUGUAUACAUUCAAUUCUUACAUUCCAUAUAUUAAUUUUAAAAUUCUGAAUGUCAUUCAGUCUGCUGUUUUACUAUUUUAAAUAUGAAUUAUAUUUUUCUUGUUUUGUUUUAUGAUUAUCUAUUUACUUAUAAUUCUUAGUGCCACUGUAAAUAUAUCAUAUCAGUUCCUGUUUUUCCAGAUGUUUUUAAAUCUCAUCCAAAUAUAGUCUAGUCCAAAUGUGUUGUCAUAAAUUUUCGUUGUGAUGUAGCUGGUAGUUCUAUCAUGCUGCCUUAAGAUAUAAAGCAGUUAUCUUUAUUAUGUAAUUUAUAAUCUAUGUAAUUUUUAAUGGUAGUUUUGGUUUUAUCUUUUUUUUUCCUUCCUGUGUUUCCAAGAUAAUAUAAAAUAGGUUAGUUAGGUUAAGAUUGAGUUCUUCACUGCUUUUCUUAGAAAAAAAAAAAUUUUUUUUUUUUGCACCACUUUUCCAAAAAAGUUCUUGCACUCUUAUUUUAGAUUAAAAAUAUUUUUUUCUAAUUACAAUUAUUAAAUAAAAAUAUCAAGAAUUUUAUUUUUUUUUAAAUUAUUAAUUGGAUUACCAUAAUGUUUGCACAUUUAAUUAUAAUUUAUAAGUUUAAUUUAUGAAAUUAUUUAAUUGAUGAGAUACUCACUUUUAGUAAAUAUGAAAAAAAUUAAUUUGCUUUUUUAUGCCCAUUCUAGGUUAAUUCAUAAUUAUAUUUAAUUAAUAAUCGUGUGCUAAUGAUAAGUAAAUAGUAAUCUGAAUUUGAUUUAAUUAUUUUUCAAGGAAAUCACGUUUGAUUCAAAACUGCCAUUUAAAAUUACUGUGAAUACAAAGAACUUUUUUUUGGUCAUAAGAGAGUGCCAUACUAAGGAACUAGUCCCUUAACUUUCUUUACUCUCAUAAUAAAUUAUGUGUUUAAAAUAUCUUAUCAAUUCAAAACUGUGUUUAAUGUGUUUGUUCUUUUAAGUUUCUUAAAUGAGUUAUUUCAGUUUCAUAUACUAAACCUUGAAAUAGAUAAAAAAAAAUUUAAGAAAUAAAAAAGUUUUUUUAAUAACUAUCCGAUUGAUAUGCGAUUUUUUGAUUUAGUAGUUUAGAUUAGCAAUUUUUUUUUGAAGUUCUCUAACAGCCAUUCUUUGUCCAAAAAAUCUUGCCUGUUAUAUUUAAUAAAAUAUUUUUUAAAAGUAAUUAUUUUCUGGAGCCAUUAAUCAUAAAGUUGAAUUACAUUGAAAGUUUGUUUAUCAAUGAUUGCAUAGCAAAUGACACAGCCCUUGAAUUGUCCAAAUUUCGUUUCAACUGAUAAUGCUUAUUAGAAUUGAGUAGAAAUUAGAUAAUUUAUUAUUAUUAUUAUUUUUAAAUAAACAAAAAUAUUUGUUACUCGAUAUAGCACCCCCAUUAUUAUAAACUAAAAUAGGCGUUGUAACAUGAUUGAAGGUACAAGACUGAUUUUGACAAAAUUGUAUACAAUCACCUUGUUUCAUGAUCAAUGUUUAAAAAAAUCCAUAUUUCACCAAUUUCAAUGAUCAUAACUACUUUACUUAACCUAAGAGGUUGUGUAUCUUUCUUCAAAAGGAAUUUGAGAUGAUUUCUUCAAAAGGAUUUAUGUAUGAAGAGCUUAGUGAAUUGGGUUUCAAAGUGACUUAAAAAAGAAAAAAAAAGAAUUUUCAGUGAAAGAUUUUAAUUUCAUCUAAUUUCACAACGUUUAUUUAUUUUGCCAAGUCAACAGAUGAAUGUAAAUAAGGGAUAGUCUUUUUAGUUUUUCAGACUGGAAAAAUUAUCAAAUUGCAUUUACAUCAGCCAAUGAUAAUGUUAAUAGGUACUUUUGGCAGCAUGAAUAAAACGCCAAGAAUGCAGACGCUAUGACAGGAACAGAAAUUAAUGUUAUUGUUAGCAUUCAUUUAUUGAAAUCUUGUGUUGAAGAAAUGAAGGCAAGGUAUAAUUUUUAUUUUCUCGCUCACCAGAAAGAGGAAGGUAUAAUUAUUGAAGCUAACGCCUUCAAAUUCACUAAAAUAUUUAAAACCCUUCAUCCAAUUUGCUCUUCAUUUAUGAAACUGAAUAAAUUAUACUAUUUUUAUUUGAGCUCAACAUCCUUAUGAAUUGUAAUAACACUGAUCCAAUUCGUCAGUUUGAUUUCAAGCAAAAAGUAAAGUAAGAGCAAGAAUCAUUAAAAAAAAAAAAAAAAAAAAUUCUGAAAAUAAAUAUUCUUGUCUGAACUUUCUUCAUUAUUUGAUGACUCUAAAACGAAUAAACUCAUACCUGAAGAAAGUAGGUAUAUUUAAAAUACAUUUAAUAAUUAACAGAUUUUUUAAUUUUACAUUUAGUCUUUUUUUUUCUUCUAUGUUCUCGUAAUCAAUUCAUAACUUACAUUCUUCCGCUCCUUUAUUUUCGGAAUAAAAACUUCAUCCUCAUGGAAAUCCAGUUUAAAGAAGAAAAAAACCAUAUACACCACCUUACUAUAUAGCAUAUAGACUUAAACCAAUUUUUUUUCUUCUUUUCUUGUGGAAAGUAAGUGAUUUAAAUCAUGUAACUCUGGUAGUAGUUCUCUUAAAAAUUUUAUUUAUCUCUUGAUCAAUUAGUUCCGUGCAAGGGCGAGUGUCAUAGCAAUGAAAAGAAAGUUUUUAAAUCUGUACAUAAAAACAUUACAUGCUAGUUCAUUAAUGUGAAUUAUCUAUAAUCUAUGUGUACAAUAUAUAUGUGAUUUAAAAAUAUCUUAUCCAUCCAAUUAAUGGUAGAAUUAUUGAAUAUAUUUGAAAUCUGCCCAUUUUCUAUAAAAAAAAAAUAUUAUGUUUUGUUACAAAACAGUUAACUGAUCUGAUAUCAAUUGUAAAAGUAUUCCUUUUUUUAAGAGAUUACUUUGUCUGACUAGUCACAUUCCAUAUGAAGUGAAAUUUUUAUAUUUUAUUACUAAGUCACUGUUAAGUAUAGCACAAAUUUUAAUUUUUUUUAUUUAUUUUUAUCUUUCAUUGAUGAUGAGGUCGUUAUUGUUUUACUUGUUGGCAUAUUUAUAAAAGGAUGGAAAACAUUCCUUUUAUGUAUAUACAUAGUUGCUCAAAUAAAAUUGUUCUUAAAUGG